GAAGAAACCUAUUGUCUAGUAAUCUGAAUAGACCACUUCUUGGACGACAGCAUUCUGUAUUUCUACAUUUUACAGCACAUGUUCUGUAUACCAUUUAAUGUCUGGAAAUUCAGGAAGAUCUUGUUCACCUGCUCCAACGUAUUUUGCAUUAACAUUAUAGCCAUCAACUUCCAUUGAACUCCAUACUUCAGCUAAUACAUUUC